AUGGUGGAACCAGUCUGGGGUCCUCAGACCUCGUAUCUCAACUUCUGUGAAGAGGAUUACAUCGUCACCCGUUACAUUGCCGAGUUUAUUAACACACUGAGUAGUCUUUCCUACAUUGUCUACGGAAUUUAUGGCCUUGCCAGCUGCGACAAGUUCCCAACGGCCUCUCGUCUCAUUCCAUAUUGUGGGCUGAUGGGCGUCGGAAUUUGUUCUGGAGGCUACCACAUGACACUCAAGUACCACACCCAGAUGUUUGACGAACUAUCGAUGCAUCUCCUUACCACACCACUCCUCUAUCGACUGUUAUCCUACAAUGCCAGUCCCCAACGCACAAAGGUAGUAGGGCUGGUCCUUUCAACACUCUUCACAACUGUCAUGAUCACCCACGUUGUUCUCGACGAAUUUCUCUUACAUGCCAUAUCCUUCGGGCUAGGAGUUCUGAUAAUAGCUCGACGUUCGCUCCAGAUCAUCUCCCAACGAACUCUGGAAAUCGACACGAGGCGCGAUCUACGGAGUAUCUCCAUUGCUGGUAUAAGCUUUUUUAUCUUCGGGUACGUCGUCUGGUUGAUCGACGAUUGGGCCUGUCGUUACUUGACAGAUAUCCGGCACACCGUUGGUGUACCUUUUGCAUUCUUGUUCGAACUGCAUGGAUGGUGGCAUUUCUUCACAGCCAUCGGAGGUUACAUCGCCGUCAUUGUCGUUGACACCAUUACUUCGAACGAAAAGGUUGACAACCCUACAUCUAGAUUAGCUUGGCCUUUACCUUUGGUAGCUAGACUCAUGGCCAACUCAACAGUAGCGAAGCCAACCUAG